AUGGCGGCCAUGAAGGCCUACGACGAGCUUGCCAAGCGCCUGUCGGGUGUGGAGGUGGACUGCGAGAAGGCGGCGAUGAUGGCGGAGCCGCUGGUGACUGCACUGGAAGAGCAGCGUGAUGAGGUCACAGGCUCGGUUCGUGAGACGAAGGAAGCACUGCGCGUGGCCCAGGCGACCCUCGCGCCAAUGAUGCGCCUGAUAUCGGGCAAGGUGGCGAACCUGAAGGGGACCGUUCGGAACAAGCUGCUGGAGUUGCAGGCGCGCGCGGAGGCGUCGCAGUCGCUGCUGGAGAAAGCGCAGAGCGCAGUGGACGAGACUCAGUCGCGGGCCGCGUCGCAGCCCAUUCUCAAGCAGGCGGCGGAGCGGCUUGCCGCCAUCGAGCAGAUAUUGAGCAAGAUGCGCGAGACCGAGGCGCCCUUCCUGAUGGGCUUGGAGACGAUGCCUCCCGAAGAGUCCGCCGACGCGCUCUCGAAGAUGGACAAGGCUGCAGCCCUGGCGCACGCCGCGCUGGCGGACGCACACAAGUACAUCGCGCUCAAGAUCGUAGAGGUCGGGCGCCUCUCAGAGAACGCCGCCGCGGACGCCCGGAGGGAGCUGGAGAAAUUCAAGCUGCAGAUCGACACCGCCGUCGACCGCGUGCACGCUUUCCAGAGCGAGACCGGGAAGCGGAAGCGCGCCAACGUGGUCUCCGUCAUCAAGCACCGGAUCGGCGAGGCCGAGGAGGCGAUGGCAAAGGUGAAGGAGGCCGUGGCCGCCAUCAAGGACGCCGACGCGGAGACGAUGCCCGAGACGCUGGAGCGCGCGAUGGCGGCCGAGGUGGAGGCGCAGGGGGCGGUCGCUGCGGCGCGGCGGGAGCUCCAGGAGAAGCAGACGGAGCUGCGCCCGCAGGGCGCCAAGGCGGCGGGGGAGGUGGCCAAGAACAGCCAGGACAUCCUGAAGACGAAGGUCCGCGUGAACGCCCUGGAGGCGGAGCUCACGAAGCACCGGCGGAUGCUGAAGGAGGCCGAGGAGAGGGUCAAGGUCGGCCGGUCGCUCUCGGACCUGCAGGACACGGUCCGGGAGGCCGAGGCGGACGUGGAGAGGGUCUCGGAGAUGGCCAAGGCCUGGGCUGCCGGCGAGGAGCCGCCGGAGGAGGAGUCGAACGGGGUCGCGGAGGCUCAGGAGAAGUUGACGGAGGCCGUCAGGCAGGUGGAGGAGAAGCUGCAGGUUGCGCAGGGCCUCGAGCUGAAGGAGCUGCGCGUCGUCUUCGGGCGGCUGCAGAAGGCCCAGGCCAAGGUGGACCAGGCCCGCCAGGCAGCCCUGCAGCUGGCCAAGGAGUCCUCGGCGCGGAUCAUGAAGGAUGCGACGACAGCGGUGAAGCGCGCCGAGCAGGCCGUAUCAGAGCUCAGCACCCCGACGCGAACGCUGGAGCAGUUGGAGAAACACCACACACGGUCGGGGCAGGUGAGCCAGCUGCUGUCUGAGGCCCGGAAGGCACUAACUGGAGGCCUGGAGGAAAAGUUGCCGCUGCAGUCGAAGGUAGAGUUCACAAAGCUCCAGUUGCAUUUGAAAGCGGUGGAACGUCGAGGCAAGACUGUUGUAGACUCGUUGGCAAGAAGGAUGGAGGGUGCCACCCUCGAGGCCACGAAAAUUGCGCUUGAUAUACUUCGGGCUGCUGCUAAGGACGAGGAUGGCAUGUACGACCCAAGCACGCUCUUCCAUACCAUUUCUGGUGGUGACUCUUUGUUGUCGCACCAGCAGCUUCUGGACUUCCUCCAGGAGCGCCCGACCGAUCCGCCGCUCCCUGCAGACAAGGCGAGCUUGGCCGCAAAGCGGCUCGGGCCCCACGGGCUGACAGCGAGCGCUUUCGCGAACCGAUUGCAGAAUUUUGAGACGGUGAUUAAGGAGAUUACCAUCACCAACGAGUUCGAGAUCUCGACGGCAAAAAAAGUCCGAAAGCUCACUGUGGGCGAGUUGGUUGAAGUGCUCUCAGAGUCCAGGCGCGACGAGAGCCUGGGCCUGCAGCGGGUUCAGGCCCGGGCGGUGCUGGACGGCGCGAAGGGCUGGAUCACGAACUGCAGCGUCGGUGGCACCAACUACCUCGCCCCCGCGCAGAAGCCGUACGUCUGGUGCGCCGAGGCCACGACCCUGCGCAGAGAGGAGGAGCAGCAGAGCGCAGCGCUGCGCGAGCUGAAGCAGGGAGACGUCCUCGAGCUCAUCUGCGGACCUCGGGAGGAGAGCAUGGGCUCUGGCAUCCGGGUGCGCGGGGCCUCGUGCCACGAGGCAGCGGCCGGCUGGCUGCAGGUUCGAGACAGGGACGGCGCGGUGCUCGCCAAGGUCAGCAAGCAGGUGUACAGGUGCGGGGAGGCCAUAGCCAUGACCGACGUCGCCGACUUCGCGAACUGUUCUAUGGUGCGCAGGGUCGAGGUGGGAGAGGCCCUGGAGCUGCUGCCCGACGCAGAGGUGCAGCCCAGCGAGGGCGGCGCCAGGCGGAAGUUUCGCGCGUGCCGGGACGGCAGCGUGGGCUGGGUCACGACCUUGGGGAGCCAGGGCACUGCAUACGUCGCGCCCGCGCCGCGCCACUACAUCUGCCUGCAGGCGGCGCCGAUACACGCGGGCUUGGGCGCCGAGAGCGCAGUGGUUCGCGUGCUGAUGGAGGGCGAGGCGUUCGCUGCAUUCGAGGAGCCCAGGGACGUGGCCGGCGCCCAGCAGGUGCUGCACUACUCUGUGCGAGCAAUGAACGAUGGGCUCGAGGGUUGGAUUUCAGCCACGGGCUCGGGCGAGGUGCUGCCGUGGUCGGCCAGAUACACCGUCCUGAGGCCGGUGCAGCUCACCAGCUCUUUUGCCGCCAACGAGGCCGCCGAGGUCAUCGAGGUCGUGCGGCUGCUGGAGGCGGACGAGCUGGUGGAGGCCACGGAGCCCCCCGCCGAGGAUCCGUCCACGGGGCAGAUCCGCGUGCGCUGCGUCGCGCUGCGGGACAAGGCGGUCGGCUGGGCCACCGUGCGCGAGGGCGGCGCGCUCUCGAUGCGGCCCGCGAGCGCCGCGGAGGCGUCCACUGCGCGGGAGCCCGAACCAGCGGCGGCGCCCUCCACGCCCCCGGCCGGGCCGCAGGCCCCCAGCACGCCGCCGAAGGGGGGCUCGGGCAAGGGCACCAAGCGGCCAGCGCCGCCCACGGAGCCGCCGUGGGGGAAGGGCGGCGGCAAGCGGCAGAAGGGCAAGGGCUGGAGGUGA